AUGGCGGCCCGCGUGACUAAGCUCUUCCUGCAGAACUGUGCCUCAGCUAAGGCGAAUACCAGCAAUCCUACCAAGGAAAAGGGAAAGUUGCCUAAGUCCACCACCACGCUGUCCACAAAUAUUCGGACUAAACUGCGCCAAAAGAGCAAGAAAGUGUCUCGCAAGUCCAACGUGAAGGCACUGGAGAAGGCGCGACGCGAGCUGGAGCAAACCAACCGCACAGCAGAAAACCUGCGCAAACUCAAGAACAUAACGUCCACCAAGUCACAGCGCCUCAUGGCGAAGCAGGUUCUUGCGCAGCGGACUGCUGCAUUCCGGUAGACUUGUGAUGUUUUCUUUAGUGCAGCUGAGCAACGUUAUCAGGGGGGGGGGAGGAGACACUACAGUUUCCAGUGGAAGCUCGAGUCGGCCUUUUCGAAAUAAAAAAAUUGCAGCUCUUAAGUCACUCU